AUGGAUGUUAAACUUACGAAAGAUGCACCGGUUGGAAGCAUUUUUGUCGCUCAUCCAAGUGGAUGGAUAACUGUCCAAGGAUUUUUAAAAUGGUUAAAUGCAUUCGUGGAUCGAGUUAAUCUGACUGACGAAAACCCAAUUCUUUUAAUAUUAGACGGCCAUAGCAUACAUAAAGAUCUGCAAGUUAUUUUAUAUGCAAAAGAACACCACGUUCACAUGCUAAGUUUGCCCCCUCACACGACACACAAACUGCAGCCUUUGGACAGAGCUAUUAUGAAACCGUUUAAAGGUGCAUUUAAUGCAGCAUGUGAGGUCUGGAUGAGCAAAUACGGAAGACUAGGCUUAAAAAUAACUGUCCAAGAAAUCAGUGGUUUAGUUGGAACUGCAUUUUCAAAAAAUUGUAGAAUGGAAUUGGCACAAUCUGCGUUUCAAUGUACAGGGAUAUAUCCCUUAAACAAAAAUAUCUUUACAGAACUAGAUUUUCUUCCUGCUUCAAACACUACAAAAAUAUUAGAAGCCGACAAUCAAGAGAACCAUGAACCUAAAAACAAUUCACUAACCCCGUCUACUAGCUUAGACUCCGGAUCUCUAAACCAGACUUCGUUUGACAAAAUAGUUCCCUCCAUUUCCACAAUUAAAUCAACGGAACUGCUAACUUCUUCUUCUGUUGGUUUUACCGUAAGUUUGAAGCCCCGAUCUCGUAAUAAAGAAACAAAUAUUUCAUCUUCAAUCAUUGAUGGUUCGAUUCCCUCCAUACCUGAAGUUUACAAUGAAAAAAGUGGAAAAAAAGUGGAAAUCUCCACAUUUACCGACAAAACAAUGAACUUCUUUCAGUCAGUCGACGAUGAGGCAAUUCCUUCCACAUCUACAGUCUUCCAAAAUGCCAUCAGUCAGAUUUCUCCAGUUACUGAUGAUCUACAGAGAAAAAUAAUAUCAAGGAAAAGGAAAGGAGAAAAAAGCGAAAUAUUAACUUCUACACCAUAUAAAAAAAUGCUUGAAGACAAAGCAGAAGUAAAACAGCAGGUCGAGUUAAAAAAACAAAGUAUAACAAAACAGAGUCGAAGAAAUAAUAAAAAACACAAAAUCAAUACCAAAUCUGAAAAGUUUCUAUCUGUUAAACGAAAGCUAAUAGACGAAGCUGAAGAAAAGAAAACAGACGAAAAGGCUUCUAACAAAACCGAGUGCAUCAUUUGCGGUGAAACUUUUGAGGAGGACUGGGUCCAAUGUUCAAGAUGUGAUGGGUGGGCUCAUGUAGAGUGUGCUGAUAAUGAUAAUAUUCUUUACUUUGUUUGUGACCAUUGCAUACAAUAA